AUGGAACACUUCAAGGACGUUCUUAACCAACCAACACCCUCGAUCCUCUUCAACUUUGACCAGGAAACACCAGCCCCACCUCUGAACGCUAGUUCAGAAGAGAUAACCAGGACUGAGAUUGCAGAAGCAAUCAAGAGCCUCAAAAACAACAAGACACCAGGACCCGACGAAGUAACUACUGAAUUGCUGAAGCACGGCCAGGAGGUUGUUGUGGAGGGUCUCAAACACCUGUUCAACCGGAUUUGGCAUGCUGAAGAAUUCCCUGCCAACUGGAGACGCGGGGUCAUAGUGACGCUGCCAAAAAAGGGAAACCUCGCAGACUGUAACAACUGGCGGAGAAUCACGCUGCUGUCUAUCCCUUGCAAGGUAUUCUGCUGUGUGCUGCUCAAAUGCCUUAAAGACGAGGUAGAUACCAUCUUGAGGGAAGAUCAAGCCGGCUUCCGAGAGGGUAGAUCCUGCUCCGAACGAAUCUUCACUCUCCGAAACAUCAAAGAACAGUGCCAAGAAUUCCAGAUACCCCUCACAAUCAAUUACAUCAAUUUCAAGAAAGCUUUCGACAGCAUCCACCAGGAAUCACUGUGGCAUACUAUCCAACUAUACUGUAUACCACCCAAGUAUGUCAAAAUCAUCAGGGCCCUAUAUCAUAACUCCACUUGCCGAGUAAAAACCACCAACGGCAAAACCAAUGACUUUAACAUCGUGACUGGGGUAAGACAGGGUUGCAUCCUGUCACCCUUACUUUUUAUUACAGUCAUUGACUUUGUGAUGAGGAAAACUGUCAUCGGGGCAAACCACAGCAUCAAGUGGGGAGGGGGCAGACUGGCAGAUCUAGACUUUGCAGACGAUUUGGCGCUCUUUAGCCAUACCCACGUUGCACUCAAAGAAUUGACAAACAACCUGCAUGAGCAAGGAGCAAAAGUCGGUCUACGUAUAAGCCAAGAAAAGACCAAGGCCAUGACCAUUGCACAACAUCAACACCUUCCACCACUCACCAUAGGCGAGCAAGACAUAGAGUACAUCAAGAACUUCACAUACCUCGGAAGCAACGUCUCAAAUACUGGACACGUGGAGAAAGACGUACAGACCAGAAUUGGCAAAGCUGCCAGAGUCUUCCAAUGA